ACGAGAGAAGUAGCAGUCACCAUCAUUUCAGACACCAAGAAUUUAGCAAGUAUGUCAAAGCCUGGAGAUCCUCCUCAAUAGCCUAUCCAAAUAUCCAGAAAUCUGAACUGCUGGAAGAGAAGGAGUCAAUGGAAGCCUUAAUGCAAUAUACCACUCACUGCAGCAUCUACAGUUUAAUCACUGCUGUGCCAACAACAACCACCACCAGCUUGGAGUGUGAGGUAAUAGUGUGGCGACACACAAAUGUCUUCACACACACCUCGUCAAGAACUCCAUCAACGCUACUUUGACUGCAAUCGUUGUUGUUAGUUUACUACUCAAGAAAUAUUACGAGACAAGAUACUCAUGGCUUCUUACGUUUCAUAAGGAUUUCAUUGCGACACUGUUUGGGUAACUGAGUCGCAAUAUCACUCUUGGCAAAGUUACUGAAUGUGGCAGAGCCCAUAGCUCACUGGGCUAUGAGAUAUCUGGGGGAACAGAAAUGAUAUCAAAACAGGCGUAUGACAUUCUGCUACCAACACGUCACUCUACAGUUAACUGGAUCCAUGCCUUCAAAAGCUUUUGUAGCAAAGUAUCGUUAAACACUAUGCCUACACAAUUACUUUAAUUUCAGAAUUACAUGUUUGUUUACUUGUUUUUAAUAACUAAGACUGUAAACAGAGUACAACUAUACAUUGUGCAGUAUCUGUAAGAUUUCUACUAUUUUUAAAAAGUACUGAAAAUCUUGGUGGUAAUCAAGAAAAUCUGGGCCCUUGUAACACUUACGUUUAACCUAUUAUUUAUUCUAAUAAUUUUUGCCAAGAAUAAGGUAGAAUCGCGCCCAGAGAACUCUUAUUAGGCUUCUGGUUAAUGAACUUCAUGAACAAACUUUUGGUACUUUCUCACAUAUAUUUACUCAAUAUAGCGAGUUUGAUCAACAUUUCCGUGGAAUAGUAUCUGAAUAAAUAUUUUGAGUGAUUAAAGGAUACAAAACACUAAAAUGGAUGAUUACCGAAACAUCCCCACUCCUGAAGAGUAGGGCUGCAGAAACUCCGAAGAGCUACAGAUCAAAACUUGCUGAAACACUAGGUGAAGUAACAGUAGAGCCUGCUAUUUUACUACACUCCAUUGCUUACGCCGCAGACCAGGUGUAUCUAACAAAUAUUAAAAUUGACAAAAUAUGUUUGAAUCAAUUUAAUUAUAGUGCAGAAAUCUGCGAGUCCCUCGACACGGGGAAUUACACGCUACAACAAGACCAAGUGCAACGUGUAGCUGCUGACUACAAUGUAUACUGCCAUUGGGCUGAAUACCUGCCCGCCAUCAUCAGUAUGGUCAUCCUUGGUGCCUGGGGAGACACUAGAGGUCGUCGUCUUCCUGUAGUGCUGCCUUUUAUUGGUAGCUUAUUCUCUUCCCUCUGUGUUUUUGCCAAUGUUUAUUGGUGGACCUUACCGACGCCAUUUAUUAUCUUGGCCUUAAUCCCUCUUGGAGUCGCAGGAGGAAAUUUGGGCUUAAGCAUGAAUACAUGUGCCUAUUUGAGUACCAUGUCCAAAAAACGAUCAAGAACUUUCAGAUUAUCAUCCACUGAGUGGAUUAAAAUGGGUUGCUAUCCAUUAGGCAUAUACGUUUCGAUGCUUCUUUUUGGCUAUGGUGGAUACUUGGCAGUUUUCAGCUUCGAAAUAUUACUGUAUUUUAUAGCUGGAGUGUAUCUAAUAGUGCGCCUGAAGGAGCCCCCAUCCACGAGAGAACAAGGUAGUCAAGCCAAGAUAACCAACAUUGGCCAGGUACUCUCACCCUCAAGAUUAAAGAGGACCUUCACAGUCAUCUGCAGACCCCGCGAAUCCGGAGGCCGAACAACAUUAAUUUUUCAAUCAGUCAUCCUUCUCUUCCUAGUAUUUAUGCUUGGUGCCAAGAACUAUUUUUACCUCUACACCAGAAAGAAAUUUGACUGGAAUUACCAAGAUUAUUCAGACUGGACUGUUGUCGAUUAUUUGGUGAAAGCCAUCGGAGUCCUAUUGGUGGUACCAACACUCAGUUACUACUGUCGUGUUGAGGAUAAUAUGCUGAUCUUCAUCGGCGGCGUGUCGGCCAUGUUUUAUUACGUAAUGUUUGGGACUGCUCCUGUCGCUUGGGUUCUAUAUCUUGCUUCAGCAGUGUCCAUGUGUGUUACCAUUCCUGUAGCAGCUUCAAAAGGUGCCAUCUCUAAGGUUGUAUCCAUGGAUGAACUAGGAUCUAUGUUCUCCCUGCUGGCGGUCACUCAGUGUAUCAUGCUACUGAUCGCCCCGUCACUCUACACAUUCAUCUACAACCUCACACUAGAGUUCUUCCCGGGAACGUUGUUUCUGAUGAUGGCAGGCGUUGCGGCGGAAGUGUGUUGCAUCAGUGUGUGGAUGCUGACUCAUCAUCUGCCCGGGAAAGAGUAGACCGACGGAGUUUACGAAGGGAUGCACUACAGAUAUUCAACCUAUACUCCAAAUCAACGUCCAUAGAUCAAUGGCUAAGAACGUCAAAUAUGUGACUGUUACACUGGAAUGAAAGCGUGAUUAUUUGCCUAUUUUACCCUGUACUCAGUGAGUCCGAUAUCUGUUCUCACUCCAAAAAGUUUCUAUCGCUUUUAUAUUCUUUUGCAGUUACUGACAUUAUGGUGUUAUAAGCGAGUAUUAUUAUUCUGGGGAGCGCUAAACCCGUGGGGAUUAUACAGCGUCUGUGGGGGGUGGGGAGAUGGAAGGUAUUCAGGCUCAGUUCAGGGAACUGGAGCACAGACCCAGUUCCCUAAAUCAAGAGCCCCUCACCAGCAUCAAGGAACCUCCCUUGAGGGGUAUAACCGGUUAAACUUCGCUUAUAGAUGUCAAGUCAAACUUAGCCAAACAAAUAUGUCGAGAAAUUUGCUUAGUCAUACAAGAAAUCAACAGGUUGUAGAAUAUAAGUGAAAUUAUGGAGAAUAUUAUUGCACUUAAAAACUAAAAAGUAAUCUUAUCACAUUUUUAAAAAAUCCUUCAGUGCAUUUUGGUUUUGUGUUUUAUCUGAUUUAUAAAAUAACAUUUACGUAAAUCUGAAUUAACUGUUAAAAGAUGUUCCCAGAGAACGCCAGAACCAUAGAUCAGAUUUCUGUCAUAAUGAAGGAUGGGUUUGGUAAAACACUGCAGUUAUAGUCGUAUUUUAAUUCCUAAAUAAAUAACACAGUUCACAAUACAGCUAUCAUAACGGAUUUCACAAAUUCAAAAUUAAAAAUUUAAUUUUCAUACUGGUUCUAUAUAUUCAUAUAAAAAACGUGAGGAGCCUACAUUAUCACUGAUUCUCACUCUAAAACCCUGACUUAACUGUCAGAUACUUCAGGUUUACAAAUAUAUUUCAGCAUUUUUCACAUAUAUUUUAAAUAGUUUUGUCAUGUUACGCUAUGUAUAAUAAAAAAUAUUAAAAGCAUAUUAAUGUAAAUGAAUUGGUGGAAAAGGCUGAGGGACUGAUUACCUCAACUUUUUUAAUGUCUUCGUAUAUUAUCUCUAUAUUUGGGACAAAUCUUCAUUUCUUUUACUAGGUGAUUUAUUUACAGUCACACUCGUGCAGUUAUUUGUGGAGACAAGUGGCGAGAAAGACAAUUGCAGAGUAACUUCAUUACGACGUUUCGCCUGUAGAUAUGUUUCUUCAUUGAAGAAGUCUGUCCACAGACGAAACGUCUGGGUAAAAUUCCUCUCUCGAACUGUCUUUCUCGUUGAAUAUGACGAAUUAGUGGCCAGUAUCAAUAAUCUUAAUUUCAUAAAACUUUCAUGCAUAUGCAACCGAUUAUUUCAGCUAUGAGCUAUAUAAUAUGUACUGUUUAUAAAGACUGUAUUGUGAUACUGAUGGACUGAAUAAUGAGCUACGAAGUACUCACCUGGAGUCUACCUGAAAGGUAUUCCGGGGAUCAGCGCCCCCGUUUUGAUGCUCAGUCAUGAAAAAAUCAUUUGGGUUGUUGAUUUUUAGACUGAUUAGUGGCUCGCUAAACAAAGAGUCGUAUUGGGAUUUCAGUAUCUCACUCAUUUCUUUGUUGUUAUGUGUGUAAGUCCCAUCUUGUCUGAGCAAGUGCCUGAUACUAGAUGUGGUACAGUACUCUCGAUUAAGUGGUUAUGGAUAUGAUAUAUACAAAUAAAUAUAGGAUUCAAUGCACCACUUUGUGAUGAUAUUGGUCACCGCGUAACGCCCUGCCUUAUAAAAAGUCUAGAUAUAUUCAGAUUCUUUAGUUCAAAUCGCUGCAUUUCCAAAAUAUACAAUAAUCAGAAAACCCAUACCAUACACAGCAUUUUGGGACCUCCGAUAGUCUAAUAAUAUAUAACCAAGUUCAUUAAAUGUUAUCGAAUUAGAUACACUUGAAGACAAACAAAUGCAUGUAGCACACACUGACUUCAAAAUCCUUUUGGGUAACUGCAGAGUGCGUGCCAAACGGUCUGCCAAAGACGGUCUGCAGAUGGAUAUUUAACUUUCUAUCAAAUAGAACUCCAAGAGUAAUAGUAAAUCGAGUGAAAUCAGAGGCUGCUGCCGUGAAAAUGUACAACGAACCCUCAUAGUUCAUUUAAACUCAGUCAGGCACCUAAAAUACUGGGAGCUCUUGUCAUAAAAAUACCCAGAGGAAAUAACAAGAGUACUAACAAUGAAAGUAAUCUUGUAGUAAAUUGGUAAAUAAUAAACUAUAACUGCUUUAGGAAAAAACACAAAUUAUACUAUUUGGCUCAUAAGGUAAAAAAAAAAUAUAAUGUAUUGUAUAACGAGUAAGUCAUCACAAUAGCACACAGUGAAAUAUCUGUGAAUAUCCGUAGAGACGUGCAUGCCAGUUGCAGUGAUAGUAAAUAAUGUAGUAAAUAAAGCAAAUGCCAGAUAAAAAUUCAUUAUAGGCAGGUACGGUGCUUGCGUGUUGGAACACGCAAGCACCGUUUUAUGUAAUACGCUGCCCUAACAAAAAAGCUGAAAAAAUUAAAAAUUACCCAAAAUAAGAUGAGAUUGUUUCCUGGACCUGAGUCCAAGAAAACAUUUAGGCUUGUAUGAAUUAUAAAAACUGGAAAAGUUAUUAAAAUUUCAAGACAGAAAUGCAGCUGAGACUCAACCAUAUAUACAUAAUUGCUGACAACCAGUGUUCAGAAUACUUUGCUGUAAAUUUUAUAAAGGUAAAGAAUCAAAACCAGUAUGUUUUUCACAAAAGAAAAAUAAAUUUUGUAGCGUCCACAGUAGGUGGCCAGGCCUUCAACACAGUGAUAAGGGAAUGAAUGGGUUACCUAACCAUCUUAAUUACCGUAAUUAAGGCCACCUAUACAAUAAAAUAAUUUAAGAAUAGAACCAAAGCACAUUUAGCGAAUUAAGCUGCAGAAAGGUAAGUUUUUUAUUUAUUGUAAUGUUACAAUAUGCAUAAUUUCGUUUUGAUAAAUAUAUUUUUUGUGUUGACUUAUUGUUAGUAAUAUCAUUAAAUGUGGACAUUAAGAUGACGUGUAUUAAUGCGUUUAUGUAAAAAUAAAGUUAUAAAUUU